AUGGCUCCGAACACUGGCAAACGAGCAAGAGAGGCCCUCAAGAUAGACCAGGAAUACUCAUCCACAGAACUUCCAAUUGCCCUAGCUCUAGGCUCACUUCUCAAUUCGAAAAUCCUCUUCAAGGACACUAUCAUGAAUCACAGCGAUGUUGCAGAUAGCGUUGCUAUUAGUCCUGAUACUACCAUGGACAAGCGUAACGGCAAGGCUACGCCAGAGAACUCUAAUAUGGCGGAUGAUCCCUUUCGUCAAAGGUAUCAGCGUACUCUCCUCGUCACCCCUUUCUCCUCACUCUUUACGUCGGGGAUCAUGCUUACGGAGAUAUUAACUGUGGACCGAAACCCGCCAGAUAUUGCGAUACCAAGGGUUCAUCCUUUCAUGGUAAUGGACAAGCGUCUGCUCAGCAUCAUCGACCAGCGCAUAGAAUCCAAUCAUCCGAUAUUUGGUGCAGAAGAUGACCCUAGCAAGACGGGGCGACCCCUAGAGAACGAGUUGCUGGCUUUUAAAUCGCUCUUGGAACGAAAGCCGAGGAACAAGAAGGCAUGUGCGGAAUAUGGCAAGUGGAGGAGGUUCGACCUCAACGAUAAAAAUCAAUGCAUGAAACUGCGGAGGGAGAGCAUUGCAAAGGCAAGAGGAAACAUCGAGGAUUUCGGCAUCGGCGAUUGCUUCUUUGCGGAUUACAUUAAGUAG